UGCGGCCACAAAGAGCGGUCCUAGUGCCCUCCAUGUAUCCUAACCGCCAUUGAACAAAUAAAAAAAAGACGAACGACGAAGCCAAGUUGGAAGUGGUCCAUUGAAAAGUUGAUAGUGCGACCUCCUGUACUGUAGAAUGUAGUAUGGACCAUAGGACAGGACGAAGAAGUCCCGUUAAGAAGCUGUGGAGGCCUAAGAUGCUCUACUAGUCUGCUGGAAAUCCAAAGAAGACGAAGGAGUAAAAAGCAAAAUGGCGUUUGACAGAGAAGGCCUAAACGUGGCCACUGGCCAUUAUUGUUUCUCUAUUUGUAUUUAGUGCAUACAUGUACGCAUAUAUGUCGUGUAGUAGAUGGAACAUUUUUGUCAUUGUUUGUAUCCGGAUACAUUAGUCUGAGCGCACUUUAUCGCGUCUUGUGCUAGUUAGCUUAGCUUGUUAGCUGCUAACAAAGAGACGCGGACGUUAUCAACACAUCGCUAAGUAGAGAUCAAAUGUGAGUGUAAAGUGUUGUGAUUGUGUGAAAAUGUGCGAAAGAACCAUAGCAAAGUAUGAGGAGGAACGUUGUCCUACAAAAGAGGAGAAGGAGCGACAACAUCAAUUACUGGACGCUGUUUUCAAGAAACAUCAAGUUGUGUUACGCAGAACAGACGUCCCGCAGCCCUCCCACAUUAAAGAGGAAGAAGAUGAUCCACAGUUCCCCCACAUUAAAGAGGAAGAGGAGGAUCGACAGCCUCCCCACAUUAAAGAGGAAGAGGAGAAAGUGUGGAUCACUCAGGAGGAAGAGUGUCUUCUAGGACAGGAGGAGGCUGAUCUCAGCAAGUUUCCACUGACUGUUGUCUCUGUGAAGACUGAAGAGCAUGAAGACAAACCACCUGAGUCCUCACAGCUUCAUCACAGUCCAAACGUCUGUGAAGAACAACUUCUGCCUGAAAAACAGGAGGGUACCUUCGGGAUGGUGAAAGAGGAUCCAUCAAAGAGGAAGACCAGGUGCCACGGACCCUCUGGCGUCUCCUUUUCCUCUUUGACACAGACCUUUCCCUGUAAAAAGGAAGAGGAAGACUCACUGACGCCCUACAUUAAAGAGGAAGAGGAGGAACACAACAUUAGUAAGGAGGGAGAGCAUAUUGAAGGACUGGAGGAGUUUCAAGUGACUGGUGUCCCUGUGAAGAGUGAAGAUGAUGAGGUCAAAGUUAAAGGUGAGGAGAGGGGAGGGGGGGAGCCUCCAAGCAGCAGCUCAACACAACACAUGACAACAGAAGCUGAUGGAGACCACUGUGGAGGAUCACAAGCAGACAAGCUCUUAGCUCCACUAUCAGAUAGUGAGGACACAACGUCACACUCUCCUGACACUGAUGAUGAAGACUCUAAAGAUGAUAAGACAUGUCACACUGACAACACUCACUUCAAAUGUUCUCACUGUGACAAAACCUUUAAAUACCAUUGUCAUCUGAAAACACACACAAGAAAACACACUGGAGAAAAGCCUUUUAUAUGUUCAAUAUGUGGUAAAGGUUUUGUAAAAAGUCACAAUUUGAAAGUACACAUGAGAACACACACUGGUGAAAAACCUUUUAUCUGUUCAAUCUGUGGUAAACGUUUUGUUGUAAGUCACAAUUUGAAAGUGCACAUGACAACACACACUGGUGAAAAAACGUUUUUCUGUUCAACCUGUGGUAAAGGUUUUACACUAAGUCAAUGUUUGAAAGUACACAUGAGAACACACAAUAGUGAAAAACCUUUUUCCUGUUCAACCUGUGGUAAAGGUUUUACACACAGUCAACAUUUGAAACGACAUGCGAGAACACACACUGGUGAAAAACCUUUUUCCUGUUUAACCUGUAGUAAAGGUUUUACACACAGUCAUGAUUUGAAAGUACACAUGAGAACACACACUGGUGAAAAACCUUUUACCUGUUCAACCUGUGGUAAUGGUUUUACACAAAUUCAGACUUUGAAAAGACACAAGAGAAUACACACUGGUGAAAAACCUUUUUCCUGUUCAGUCUGCAACAGAAGCUUUUGUGACCGAUCAAACUUUGCAAGACACAUGGGAACACACUCAUGAGAGAAAGUGUUGAGUUGCAGUGUGUGUGGUGAAAGAUUCUCUUAUAAGAAGCAGUGUAAGAAACACAAGUGUGCUGGUGAGAACAGCAGCAGCAAAUGAAACUGCAGGAUUUAAAUUAAACUGUCAAGACUUUAAUGUUGACUUUCUAACAACAUCAGCAAUAUAACAUGUGUGACAUUGUUGUUUGUGUAACAAUCUUUUUAAUAUGCUUGUACAUUUAUAGAUUACAUAGUUUGAAAUAUGAAAGUAUUACAUAUUCGUAUUUCUUAUUGUUAAUUAUCCCAUAGAUUAGCACCUUUAUAUGAUAUACAUAUUUACUGGGGGCUUCACGGUGGCAGAGGGGUUAGUGCGUCUGCCUCACAAUACGAAGGUCCUGCAGUCCUGGGUUCAAAUCCAGGCUCGGGAUCUUUCUGUGUGGAGUUUGCAUGUUCUCCCCGUGAAUGCGUGGGUUCCCUCCGGGUACUCCGGCUUCCUCCCACUUCCAAAGACAUGCACCUGGGGAUAGGUUGAUUGACAACACUAAAUUGGCCCUAGUGUGUGAAUGUGAGUGUGAAUGUUGUCUGUCUAUCUGUGUUGGCCCUGCGAUGAGGUGGCGACUUGUCCAGGGUGUACCCCGCCUUCCGCCCGAUUGUAGCUGAGAUAGGCGCCAGCGCCCCCCGCGACCCCGAAAGGGAAUAAGCGGUAGAAAAUGGAUGGAUGGAUGGCAUAUUUACUGGUUCACAUCUGAAACAUCUUCUGGACCACUUCAGGGAGCAUAUUGUUAUUUACUUUAUACAUCAUUUGAACAGUUGUCUUUUAUUCACUUUUAAAAUGUGUGACCUUAUGAAUAAUUUGUUGGGACUCUAUAAUCUAUUUUAUUAAUUAUUGUUAUUAGUUUGUAUUAUGCUGAUUGUGUUGUGAUUGUUUUUUAUGUAUGUCCCCAGACCUUUAUGCAAUAUAAAAGUGAGAGAAAAGGGCAGAUUUUUUUUUUUUUUCUGGAAGGAUGGUUUUGUUUUUACAAACUUACAUUUGUUGAUAUAUAAAAUAAAUCCAGUAUUGUGUUUUAGACAUUUUUUAUGUUUUUUUUUUCCUUUUUUAACAUCCCAAAACAACAUCAAAAUCAGUCAAAGUUUGGAGUGUCAGGCAAAAGCCAAUAUUGUACAUCAUCCCACAAAUAUUUACUUUGUAUACAUUCUUAAAAUAAAAAUGUUUAUUUUGUUUCCCUAUCACAGAA